AGGCUUCACGCGACCCCCCCACAAUCAGUAACCGUCGAAGCAGACAACUUGUUUAUUUUUGUUUUCGCUAUUAAUUAGCGCAAUACUGGUUGUUUUUACGGUCCAUUUUGUUUGAUUAGUUCAAGAAGACGCUGUUAUUUUGGCUGGUGUGAGAUUUACUGUUAGUUGGCAGUUCUGCUCAACUGAAAGAUGAUAUCACUACAGUGUAUUGUCGUUUAACUUAUUUCACUGUUUCAGUAGGCCACGGGCUCUGGGUGUUGGGAGUCUCGUGAAAACCACAACAUGUUUCCUCGUGGCGGACCAAGUGGCCAUCGGGGCUUCUAUAAAGGGUCGUUUACUCGACCCCCUACGUCUUCAGGUUUUCAUUUUAACCGGCAAAUACGGCAGACCCAUAUUAAUAACUAUGAUGGGCCACAGAGUCUGCCAGCUUAUCAGUGGAAGCCAACAUCAAACCCAGUUUACACAGUAGGUCCCCCAGGUGCCAACAGUCGUAAGAGACAAUACAGCGCUGGCAGUCCAAACCAAUAUGCGAAACGUCAGCGAGUUGAGUCGUUUCAUUCAGAUGAAAUCUCUCCUUCAUUUGAGUCUCCCUCUCUUCCUCAAACUCCUUGCCCCCCUCACCAAGCAAUCUCUGGGACAUCUCAUGAUACGAUGCCCAAUGUGUCUGAUUACUCCAGCCCACCAGCUCACACUCCUAGUUCUCCUGAAACCCCCGACAGUCUGCAGCCUUAUACAAAUGACAAGGUGAGUGCUCAGAUAGUGGAGCUUUUUGAGGCCUGUCGGCAGCAAUCCUCUGAUUUGUAUCGGAAAGAGACAUGUAGAGCACAACUUCAGAAAGAUAUAAAAACUUUAUACCCAGAUGCAAGGCUCUACCUGACUGGCUCUACUAUGAGUGGUUUGGGUUGUCGCAGUAGUGAUGCCGAUCUCUGUCUGGUUGUUGGGCUGAAGAAAACAAAGGAUAGGGGCAUCAGUGUACUCUAUACACUCUUGAGAUUACUUAGAACUCUAGCAUAUGUGGACAGAGUGCUGCUGAUCAGAGCGAAGGUGCCAAUUCUACGGUUCAAAGAGAAAGGCAGUAACCUGGAGUUUGAUCUGAAUGUCAACAACACUGUGGGAAUCAGAAACACUUUUCUCCUGAGGAGUUACACCCAUGCUGACAUCAGGAUACAACCCCUUAUGCUUGUUAUCAAGAAGUGGGCACGGACUUGUGAAAUCAAUGAUGCUAGCAAGGGGACCUUGAGCAGCUACGCUUUAGCGCUGAUGGCAUUGAACUACCUUCAAAUUCUGAAACCCUGUGUUCUCCCUUCACUGCAGAGGGACCAUCCAGCAUGUUUUGAUCCUUCACUGGAUCUUGAUAUGGUCCCAGACGCUUCUCAUCGUGUCCCACACUACAAGUCCAAAAACAAAUCCUCUUUGGGAGAUCUUUUUCUCGGAUUUCUUAAGUACUAUGCCUAUAAAUUCAGAUGGGACAGCAAGGUAAUUUCAGUUCGAGAUGCCAUAACUUUCGCAAAGGUUUCUCCAGAUUGGAGGGGCAAAUUCAUUUGUGUUGAAGAACCCUUUGAAAUGCAUAAUGUUGCCAGAGCUGUUCAUGAGAAGGCAAAGUUUGACGCCAUCAAAGCAAGGUUUGAUGAGUCGUACCAGAUUCUAAAUGAGGCGAGAGACCUCAGCUUGCUGCUUCCACUCAGAGCCAUAAUUCACAAAGAGCAAAUUGGAAGAUAACAUGACAGUGAGACCUUUGCGAUCAGCUUCUACCUCAACACCAGCGGAUAAAAGUUUGAUUCAGGACUUCAAUAUUCUGUGCCUCAAUCCUGUUUUUUGAGGGUUAGCCUAUACAAUGUUCAUUUUUUUUCAUUUACUAAUAUUCAGUUCACUGUGAUGGAGGCCCUGUUGGUACAGUGUGAGCAUAGAUCAGUAUUUCCAAAGAAAUGUUAAAUGUUACUUAUUUCUGACUGCAUGUGUUUGCUGUGGGCUUUGCAUAGCUAAUGUAUCUGCAAAUGGUUUAAAUGUUUUAUUAGUUACUGUUGUUAAUUGCAGUAAUAAGGGAUAUUGUUAUGCAUUCAUAAUUUCAAUAUGAUCAGCGUCACAAUUCUGCUAAGCAGAAAUUAUUAAUAUUAAUUAAUUUAAAUGUUUAUUAAAAUAAAUGUUCAUAAAGAAAAAAUAUAUAUAGUGUGCUUGGAGGAUUAACCUGGAUAUGUGCGGGUAUCUGUACAGAAUCAGAAUAUUCACCCUAAGGGGAAAUUCCUACUUUCAUAGAGUGGGCACCUGCAUGAUUCCAUGGAACUGGAAAGCUAUACUUUGUAACAUUCUCAAUAGAGAUAUAUUCAUGCCAUAAUGUGGAAGGUUCAAUACAGAAAAAAGCAUUG